AAUCAUGUAUUUGUAUCCAGAUUUAUCAAUUUUAUACUAUUCAAGAUCUUUGUGAUAAUUGUCAUUUAGAAAAAUAUCCUUGUUUAGCUGAAAUAUAUUCUAGAGUAACAAGAAUCUGUAGCUUUUUUUCUCAAUAAUCAUUUUAUUAUGGAUUAUAUAUAUCAUGAAAAGCAAGAAGGAUCAUUGUGUGCAGUUCACUGCCUCAAUGCCUUGCUUCAAGGCUGCUACUUCUCUGCUGUAGACUUAGCAACCAUAGCUAGACAAAUGGACUGUUUAGAACAGCAGCGCAUGGCUGAGAUGGGCACCAACACUGCGGAGUACCAGAGCUUCUUUAAGGAAGGAUCAAAUAACAUGGAUGAUAGUGGCAUGUUCAGCAUCCAGGUUGUGAGUGUAGCCCUUGAAGUCUGGGGCCUGACCCUCACUCCCUUCACAUCCACAGUUGCUCCAACUGCUCGUUUGGCAAGAGAGGAUCCCACAUCAGGCUGUGCAUACAUUUGCAAUAUGAAAGAGCACUGGUUCACAAUUCGUAAGAUUGGCAAUCAGUGGUUCAACUUGAACAGCCUCCUUGCAUUUCCCGAGCUUCUCUCAAACACUUACGUUUCUCUUUUCUUAGCCCAGCUUCAGAAACAAGGUUAUUGCAUUUAUAUUGUGGAAGGAAGUCUGCCGCAGUGUGAAGCUGACACCAUCUUGAAGACCAUGAACGUAACACAGAAAAUAAAACCUCCAUUACUUUCUGAGUUGCAGGAAUGCAGUCAAACAAGGCAAGAAUUAGAUGACGACCUGGCGGCUGCCAUGGCAGCGUCUCUGGCCCAGGCCGAGGAUGCCUCCACCGCUCCUCCUGAAGGUGAACACAGCGAACUGGAGAAUGCCUUGCAACUCUCCCUUACUGAACAUCUCACUCGCGUGCCUAAUCAUAGAACUCCACUUGAAGGUGACCUGGAGAAGGCGCUUAGGCUGAGUCUGGCAGGGAGCGGUGGUGCGGAGGGCGCGGAGCCUGGCGGUGACGCAGGGUCGCCUGACGAGGAAACACGUCAGCUGCAGGCUGCACUCGAGCUGAGUCUGCUGCAGCCUUCUACCUCAGCUCUCAAUAAUGAUCAGGGUUCUUCAGAUCAGCAAGAAACUCUCGAUGCGACGGCCUUGCGAGAAAAAAGGUUGGCGUACUUCAAGAACAAGCCUUCGCCUGAUGAAUCUUGAAACAAUCAAUAUUUUGCAAUGAAAAUGUUUGAUAUUUGUAAUAGAGGUCUUUUUUGAUGGUUGCUCCUGAUAUUUAUCCUCAGCUUUGAUUAAAAAGAGAGAAAGGAUUUUAUUUCUGUAUAGUGAUUAAUAUACGGUUAUUCGAAUAACUAGUUAUUGUGUUCUAUAACUUGGAACAUGUUAUUGAGCUUAUGUUAUUGCGUCCAAUCAUUGUGUUUAAUGUAAUCACGAGUCCUAUGAACAAGCUGCAAUAUUUGCAGAAUGGCGUUUUGUAUACCAUAUUGAUGUUGAUUAAGUAGAGUUGUUAAUUACUCGUUUAUAUAGCAACGCUUCUAUUCCUUGUGCACUGAUUCACUGAAAAAUGCGUCUAUUUGUUGAAGCCUGGAGUAAAGUGAUCGAAAGGUAUUUUGAACAAGUUUGAAUACAAUUUUCAUCAACGGCUGAUAUCAUUUUGAGGUACACCAUAUUUUGUUGUUAUUACAGCAACUUAUUAACUUGUUACAGCAAUUAAUUUUGGUGUAACCUAUUACAGCAACUUAUUUAUUGGCCAGACUACUCACUAAAUUAAAUCAGAUUGCCGCAUCUUGUAUGUAAAUACAUGCAUUUGCUCUGCUCUUUAAUUUAAACAGCAAGACUCGUAUUCUAGAUGUGUGUAAUUUUCGUGGUGGUCGCUUGAAUUUUGGAUAAUAUUUAUUGCAUUUCAAUGCUUGCCUAAUCCUUAUGCAAAACAUGCAUUCUUAUAUUGCUUUCUAACUCUUUGUUUGUUUAUAUUUUGACGUGCAUUGCUCUGGAGUUUGUGUGAAAUUCGAAUAAAAGGCGUUAAUGUUCUAUGGUCAUUCAGUAUUUUUCAUUCAACUUCUCUAAACGAACUACAAUGUUGACGAAGAUGAAGUUAGUUACCUUUUCAGGUUGAAUAUUCUUUGAUGCUUUGUCUGUGUGAUAACUGACGAAAACUUAGGAACAAUUGUAAUGCUUGUUUUUUAUUUGUGUUUUGAUUCGACUUGUUCAUAAGUAAGCUUAUGGUCUUUCUCAAUUACUAUCGCUUGAAUAAGUGUGUUCUAUCAUGGUUGCUCGUUUCUAAGAGCUUGAAUUUGCUGGUACGGAGUCUAGGAGCUGGCUACAUAAUGCCUUAGUAUUGAACUGCCAUUUCAUGUUUAAACCAGAUUGCUUUAGUCAUAUUGUGUAAAAUGGUAAAGUUUAACAAUAUCAAGUGGUCUUUUGUAUUAUUGGGGUGUUGGGCGUAUGCGGAGAGAACACUGCUGCGAAAUCUAUUUAUUUUCAACAGAAACUUUUAGAAAUAGUUAUACGAGUGCAGUAAAAUUUGGAGUAUUGCUCUAACCCUCUAACAAGAAAAUGUUGGCAGUCACGAAUAUUUCAAUGUUUACAUUUUCAACAUUUUGUUGGAGAAGCGUUCUUUGGAACCACUAUUAAAGACGAUAGCUCGGGUCAAUAUUAAGUGGUGAAAGGUUUAUUUCCACAUCGUUUGGGUUAAAGUAAUGAAUGUUUCGAGUGCAACUGCUUGUGUCAAUCUGAGUGUGUGUCGAUUGCAACCUAACGCAGUUUGCUAUCGAUACAAUUUGAGUUAUGUGUAAAGAGGAAGUAGAUUCUGCAUUGAAACAAACGCUGUAUUUCUAUAUUAUAAAGCUUUAAGUGUG